AUGAAGGGUCGCCUCGUUCUUGCGUCGCUCGCUGUACCAUGGCUGGUCCCGGGGACCGCCGCUUCCCCCACGGCCCACCCGGCGCGCGGCCUCUUCGAUGACAGCUUCGACUAUGUGGUCGUCGGGGGCGGCACGGGAGGCAUUGUGAUGGCGACGCGUCUGGCGCAGCAAAAAUUCAAGGUUGCCUUGGUGGAGGCUGGCGGCCAAUACGAGCUGGAGUCCGUGGCGGAGGUGCCGGCGGCGGAUGUGAUCCCGGUCGGAUCGGACCCCACGACCUCUGCGCUCCAUGACUGGGGGUUUGUCGCUGAGAAGGUGCCCGGUGCCAAUGGACGGUCGAUUCACUAUGCACGGGGGAAGUGCCUGGGCGGGUCGUCGGCGAUGAACUUUAUGAUAUACCAACGACCAACCCGUGACGCGAUGCAUGAAUGGGCCACGGCCGUGAACGACAGCAGCUACGAGUUCGACCAGGUCUUGCCCUACUACAAGCGCAGCGUGACGUUCACGCCCGCGAACAGCGAGCUGCGAUUCAAAAACGCGACGGUCGCAGACGACAGCAGUGCCUUCGCAUCGAGCGGCAGUGGCGGGCCCCUGCAGGUCUCGUAUGCCAACUACGCGAUGCCCUUCUCGACGUGGAUGGAUCUCGGGAUGCAGGCCAUCGGGAUCAACACGACCGACGACUUCAACUCGGGCUCGCUGCUGGGCGCGCAGUACUGCUCCUCGACCAUCAACCCCCAGGACGAGCUGCGCAGCAGCUCCGAGUCGUCCUUUCUGGCCACCAUCAAGCCCGCCACGCUGACCACGUACACGAAUACCCUCGCCAAGAAGAUCCUCUUCAACAGCGACAAACGGGCCACCGGGGUGCAGGUCAAGGGGGCGCUGGGCAACGUCUUCACCCUCCAGGCCCAGAAGGAGGUGAUCGUGUCGGCCGGCGCCUUCCAGUCGCCGCAGCUCCUGAUGGUCUCGGGGGUCGGACCCCAGGAGAUCCUGGCGCAGCAUCAGAUCACCCUCGUCGCCAACCGCCCCGGUGUCGGGCAGAAUAUGUGGGAUCACCCCUUCUUCGCCCCCUCAUAUCGCGUCAACGUGCCAACUUUCACGGCUAUUGCGCUGAACCUGCUGGAUCUGGUGGGCCAGUUCCUCAACAUGGUUGCCACUCGCACCGGGCCCCUGACCAACCCUAUCGCCGACUACCUCGCCUGGGAGAAGAUCCCCGCCAGCCUGCGCUCCGCAUUCAGCCAGCAGACCCAGGCAGAUCUGGCCACCUUCCCCGACGACUGGCCCGAGGCAGAGUACAUCUCCGGCGCCGGCUACAUCGGCAACCUCUCCAACCUGCUCACCAGCCAGCCCCGCGACGGCUACCAAUACGCCUCCAUGCUGGGGGUGCUGAUCACCCCGACCUCGCGCGGCAACGUGACGCUGCAGUCCGCGGACACGGCGGACCUGCCCCUCAUCCAGCCGAACUGGCUGGCCACGCAGACCGAUCAGGAGGUGGCAGUGGCGAUGUUCAAGCGCAUGCGCGCCGCCUUCCAGAGCGCAGCGAUGGCGCCCGUCGUGUUGGGCGCGGAGUACUUCCCGGGCCCGCAGACGCAGACGGACGCGCAGAUCCUCGCCUUUAUCCGGGAGAACGUGAUGACCCUGUGGCACGCCGCGGGGACGUGCAAGAUGGGGGUGGCGAGCGAUGAGAUGGCGGUCGUCGACCCCCAGGCGCGCGUGUAUGGCGUCCAGGGGUUGCGGGUGGUGGAUGCGAGUGCGUUUCCUUUCUUGCCGCCGGGGCAUCCGCAAUCGACUGUUUGUGAGUACCCUUCCUUGAUUUCUCUAUGCGUGGUGGUCCGAGGGAAAGGAUGGGUUGCUAAUUUCUGGGGGGGUAGAUAUGUUGGCAGAGAAGAUCUCCGAGGCGAUUAUUAA